UAACUCAACUGCCACAACUCUUUCGGUCGCGUGCAAAGAAAACACACCAUAAUUGACUAACCGAUGAAAUCGUAGCCCAAAAAUGACCCCUUCAGCAGUGGUCAUUACGUCAUCGAGGAGCAGUCCCAACGGUUUCUGAACUCUGUUCCAAGUUUUCAGUUCAGAGGAUCGCAUCAGUUCGGAAUGUCGCAGCAGCACAUGUGCUUCGGAGCUAGUGGUGGCUGCUAUUAUAAUUAUAACAGUAUGCUGAUCGGACCAAUUGGUCAAAAUAUUGGUUUCGAUUGUUCGUGAUGUUCAAGGUGUAGAGAGUGACAACCAGUAUCGACAUGUAUCGAAUUUGCAAUUGUGAUACAAUAGUGCUAGAAAUAUUUACAUCUCCAUAAAGAAGAAAGCUUAUCAAAAGUGGUUUCAAUCAAAUACAUUGUGUGGAGUGAGAUCAGGUCAAUUCCUUAGUUGUUUAGGUGAAAAUUUUGUAAAAUAAAAUGGCAAAGGUAGCAGCAGGAGAUGCUUUGGCCCCGGUUGAAGGUUUUGGGGAAGCAUCAGGAAGUCGGCGAUCCAGUGGUGAGAGGUUACGGGCCGAGAAGAAUGAUAGUGAUGAUGGUGAAAUAAAGCUGAAAAAGGAGCUCGGGUUGAUGGAUGGUGUUGCCAUCAUAGUGGGUGUAAUCGUGGGAGCAGGCAUUUUCGUAUCCCCCAAAGGUGUACUGCUCUAUUCCGGAUCCAUCGGACAGGCCAUCAUCGUAUGGAUUCUAUCCGGGGUGCUCAGUAUGGUGGGGGCGCUGUGCUACGCAGAAUUGGGUACCAUGAUACCCAAGUCCGGUGGUGAUUAUGCGUACAUCGGCGAAGCAUUCGGACCACUGCCAGCCUUCCUGUACCUAUGGGUCGCACUGCUGAUUCUGGUCCCGGCUGGCAAUGCCAUCACUGCCAUCACGUUUGCCCAGUAUCUGCUGCAGCCUCUGUGGCCCUCUUGUGAACCGCCGUACGAGUCGGUUCGGCUGUUGGCCGCUCUCAUCACUUGUCUUCUUACUGCUAUCAACUGCUACAAUGUGAAAUGGGUGACACGGGUAACGGAGACAUUUACCGGGAUGAAGGUCGGAGCCCUGCUGGUGAUUGUGGCUGCCGGUGCAUGGUAUCUGUUCAAUGGGAACACGGAGCUGCUGGAGAAUCCAUUCGAGAAUUCCAAAGUGCAACCGGGAUUCAUUGCGUUAGCGUUCUAUAAUGGAUUGUUUUCAUACUCUGGGUGGAACUAUUUGAAUUUUGUCACGGAGGAACUGAAGGACCCCUACCGAAAUUUGCCUCGAGCCAUCUGUAUCAGUAUGCCUGCAGUGAUAAUUAUCUAUGUUAUCACAAAUAUUGCAUAUUUCGCCGUUCUUCCACCAGAUGUAAUGCUUUCAUCUCAAGCUGUGGCGGUAACAUUUGCGGAAAAAAUGCUCGGUUUCAUGGCGUGGAUUAUGCCCCUGUUCGUGGCCUGUUCUACGUUCGGAUCGCUCAACGGUGCUAUCUUUGCGUCCUCUCGAUUGUUCUUCGUGGGAGCCCGCAACGGACAUCUUCCAGCAGCAAUUUCGCUCAUCAAUAUCCACUGCCUUACGCCGAUCCCAUCGUUGAUCUUCCUGUGCAUCCUGACCUUGCUCCUUCUAUUCAUUCGGGACGUCUUUUCGAUCAUCAACUAUGUGAGCUACGUCGAGAUUCUGUUUAUCUUUAUUUCUGUUGCCGGAUUGCUGAGGCUCCGUAAGAAGCAACCUGAUGCCAAGCGACCAAUUAAAGUGUCCUUAGUCAUACCCUUCAUCUUCCUUCUGACGGCCGGAUUCCUGGUUAUAUUCUCCGUCUUCGAAUCGCCAAUCGAAGUCGCCAUCGGCACCCUGAUCAUCGUCCUGGGUAUUCCGGUGUACUACAUAACCAUCCACAAACCAUUGGACUGGCUAGCCCAGACAUCCCAGCGAAUUAACACCGUUUGUGCAAAACUUUUCCUUUGCAUGCAAAACACGGAGAAGGAAGACUAGACAACGCUUGCUGCAGGGAAUCUCACUGUA